AUGUCCAAUGGAGCUAACACUUCGGCCGGAAAGGACCGCAUUGUCCUCUUCGACACAACGCUGCGAGACGGUGAGCAAUCACCAGGCGCCACGCUCAACUUCAAAGAAAAGUUGGACAUUGCACGCUCCCUUAGCGCGCUAGGCGUGGAUGUAUGCGAGGCGGGUUUCCCUAUAUCGUCACCUGGUGAUUACGACGCCGUAUCAGCCAUAGCUAAGGAAGUUGGUCCAGUUGUAGGGAAGCGCGCCACAGGCGAGCCAAUGACCAUUUGUGGUCUUGCUCGCGCCAUGGAGAAGGACAUCCAGCGUUGUUUUGACGCCGUUAAGCACGCACCUAAGCACCGUAUUCACACAUUCCUUGCUACGUCCGACAUCCACCUCAAGUAUAAGCUCAAAAUCUCGCGCGACGAGUGCAUUCGUCGUGCCGUAGACGCCGUAAAGUUUGCAAGGAGCCUUACUCCAGAUGUUGAAUUUUCCACCGAAGACGCUGGUCGCAGUGAUCCGGAAUUCCUAUGUGAGGUCCUUGCCGAGGUCAUUAAAGCUGGAGCCACCACACUUAAUAUACCCGACACAGUUGGCUACACGGUCCCAGGUGAAUACGGAUCGCUUUUUCGUUACUUAAUUGACAACACGGAAGGUAGUGAUAAAGUCAUCUUCUCCACGCACUGUCACAAUGAUCUGGGUCUUGCUACAGCAAAUACUUUAGCUGCUGUGCAAGGUGGCGCCCGUCAAGCUGAGGUUACUAUCAAUGGAAUCGGCGAGCGUGCCGGUAAUACGGCUCUUGAAGAGCUCGUGAUGGCUUUGAAGACACGACCUCAGCACUUUCCAGUGUACACGACGGUAGACUCGACGCACAUCACACGCUGUAGUCGUAUGGUCAGCCAUUACACUGGUAUGUCGAUUCAGCCCAACAAGGCCAUUGUUGGAUCCAAUGCUUUUGCUCACGAAUCUGGCAUUCAUCAAGAUGGGGUUUUGAAGCACCAGGCGACAUACGAAAUCAUGCUGCCUGAGUCAGUUGGUCUUAGCGAGAAUAAGAUGGUGUUGGGUAAGCACUCUGGUCGUCACGCUUACAGCAAGCGCCUCCAACAACUUGGCUACACCAGUCUCACUCCGGAGGAGCUUGAUUAUUACGUUGAGAAGUUCAAAGUAUUGGCAGAUGAGAAGAAAACAGUCACUGAUGCUGACAUGGAAGCCAUUGUUUCGGACGAGCUUUUCAAGCCAGAGGUGUUCUGGACCUUGCAAUCUGUGCAUGUCACCGCGGGCAAUCUGGUAAAACCGACGGCAACUGUCACACUUGUGCAUAAGGACGGUCAAGAAGUGAGUGAGGCUGCGAUGGGUACCGGUCCAAUUGACGCAAUCUACAUUGCCAUCAAACGCGCUACGGGAAUGGAGAGUAUCAAAUUGAACGAUUUUUCUGUCGAGAGUGUAACGGAUGGCACCUACGCCCUGGGCGAGGUGACUGUACGGGUGCAGGAUGACAAAGAAGAGGAGGAGAAGACAGAGGAUGAGAAGCACGUGAAUGCGCAAACGGGUGUGACGCGUGACCGCCAAUUUGUCGGCCACGGGGCUAAUACGGAUAUCUUAGUUGCUUCUGCUACCGCCUACGUCAACGCUGUUAACCGCAUGAUGGCAUCACAUGCACGUGGGAUAGUGGAAGCUCGGCUUGCAACACAGCACGACCCCGAUUACAAACCCGAGCAGCACGUGGACUUUUGUUGUCAUGAAUACUUCGGCGCUAACGUGUAUAUCUUUUGA